AUGUUCACGAAUCUGUUCAAGGCCAUGCCUGCCCGAGCCGGCGCCUUUGCCUCCAUGAAGACGCCCGUCCAGGCUCGCUUCAUGGCGACUGUGCGUCAACGGGCUGCUAUGGAGCCUGCCACCUUCACCAUCCGUGACGGCCCCAUGUUCACCGGCAAGUCGUUCGGUGCUCGCUCCAACAUCUCCGGCGAGGCCGUCUUCACCACCUCUCUGGUCGGUUACCCCGAGUCUUUGACCGACCCCUCCUACCGUGGCCAAAUCCUGGUCUUCACCCAGCCUCUUAUCGGUAACUACGGUGUGCCGUCCGCCGAGAAGGACAAGAAUGGCCUCUUGAAGUACUUCGAGUCCCCCAACCUCCAGGCCGCCGGUGUCGUCGUGGCCGACGUUGCCGAGCAGUACAGCCACUGGACUGCCGUUGAGAGUCUGGGUGAGUGGUGUGCCCGUGAGGGUGUUCCUGCCAUCUCCGGUGUGGACACUCGCGCCAUUGUCACCUAUCUGCGUGAGCAGGGUUCGUCCCUGGCCAAGAUCACGGUUGGCGAGGAAUACGACGCCAACGAGGACGAGGCCUUCACCGACCCCGAACAGAUUCACCUGGUGCGUCAGGUCAGCACCAAGCAGCCGUUCCACAUCAGCGCUGCCGAUCCCACCUCGCACGUUGCUGUCAUCGAUUGCGGUGUGAAAGAGAAUAUCCUGCGGAGCCUGGUUGGCCGUGGCGCCAGCGUCACUGUCUUCCCCUUCGACUUCCCCAUCCACAAGGUGGCUCACCACUUCGAUGGUGUCUUCAUCUCCAACGGCCCUGGUGACCCCACCCACUGCCAGGACACUGUCUUCCACCUGCAGCGCCUGAUGGAGACCUCCCAGGUCCCCAUCUUCGGUAUCUGUCUGGGUCACCAGCUGCUGGCUCUGGCUGCUGGUGCCAGCACCAUCAAGCUCAAGUACGGUAACCGGGCUCACAACAUCCCGGCCCUGGACCUGAGCACUGGUCGCUGCCACAUCACCAGCCAGAACCACGGUUAUGCCGUUGAUGCUUCCACCCUGCCCUCCGACUGGAAGCCUUAUUUCACCAACCUGAACGACGCGAGCAACGAAGGCAUGAUCCACAAGUCUCGCCCUAUUUUCAGCACUCAGUUCCACCCCGAGGCCAAGGGAGGUCCUCUGGACUCUUCCUACCUGUUUGACAUCUACCUCGACAGUGUCCUGAAGUACAAGCACAACCAGGCCGGUCUGUACCCCCAGCGUGAUAGCCGCCCCAGCCCUCUGCUGGUUGAUCUGCUUGCCAAGGAGCGUGUGGGUGUUCAGCCCACCAUUGGCAUGCAGAACGUGGCUGCUGCUGCCGCCGCCGCUGCCGCUGCGUAA